UCGCUCUCCUCGCAGUCAGACACUUGAGCACACGCGUACACCCAGACAUCUUCGGGCUGCUAUUGGAUUGACUUUGAAGGUUCUGUGUGGGUCGCCGUCACUGCAUGUUUGAAUCAGGUGGAGAAGCACUUCAAGGCUGGACGAAGUAAAGAUUACUGUUGUGUUUUUUGUUUUUUUGUUUUUUUCUCUCUCUCUUUCUCUCUCUCUUAAGAAAAAGGAAAAUAUCCCAAGGACUAAUCUGAUCGGUUCUUCCUUCAUGAGCGAAUGCAGGGAUUUGGGAACUGAGCUGUGCAAGUGCUGAAGAAGGAGAUUUGUUUGGAGGAAACAGGAAAGAGAAAGAAAAGGAAGGAAAAAAUACAUAAUUUCAGGGACGAGAGAGAGAAGAAAAACGGGGACUAUGGGGAGAAAAAAGAUUCAGAUUACGAGGAUUAUGGAUGAACGUAACAGACAGGUGACGUUUACAAAGAGGAAAUUUGGGUUGAUGAAGAAGGCAUACGAGCUGAGCGUGCUGUGUGACUGUGAGAUUGCGCUGAUCAUUUUCAACAGCACCAACAAGCUGUUUCAGUACGCCAGCACGGACAUGGACAAGGUGCUGCUCAAGUACACGGAAUACAACGAGCCGCACGAGAGCCGGACGAACUCGGACAUCGUGGAGACGUUGAGAAAGAAGGGCCUUAAUGGCUGUGACAGCCCAGAUCCUGAUGCAGACGACUCAGUAGGUCACAGCCCUGAGUCUGAGGACAAGUACAGGAAAAUUAACGAAGAUAUUGAUCUAAUGAUCAGCAGGCAAAGAUUGUGUGCCUUGAACAAGAAAGAGAACAAAGGCUGUGAAAGCCCCGACCCCGACUCCUCUUAUGCACUCACCCCACGCACUGAAGAAAAAUACAAAAAAAUUAAUGAAGAAUUUGAUAAUAUGAUCAAGAGCCAUAAAAUUCCUGCUGUCCCACCUCCCAACUUUGAGAUGCCAGUCUCCAUCCCAGUGUCCAGCCACAACAGCCUGGUCUACAGCAACCCCGUCAGCUCACUGGGAAACCCCAACCUUUUGCCACUGGCCCACCCUUCUCUGCAGAGGAAUAGUAUGUCUCCUGGUGUAACACAUCGACCUCCAAGUGCAGGUAACACAGGUGGUCUGAUGGGUGGAGACCUCACGUCCGGUGCAGGCACCAGUGCAGGGAAUGGGUAUGGCAAUCCCCGAAACUCACCAGGUCUGCUGGUCUCACCUGGUAACUUGAACAAGAAUAUGCAAGCAAAAUCUCCUCCCCCCAUGAAUUUAGGGAUGAAUAACCGUAAACCAGACCUCCGAGUUCUUAUUCCACCAGGCAGCAAGAAUACGAUGCCAUCAGUGAAUCAAAGGAUAAAUAACUCCCAGUCUGCUCAGUCAUUGGCUACCCCAGUGGUUUCCGUAGCAACUCCUACUUUACCAGGACAAGGGAUGGGAGGAUAUCCAUCAGCCAUUUCAACAACAUAUGGUACCGAGUACUCUCUGAGUAGUGCAGACCUGUCCUCUCUGUCUGGCUUUAACACCGCCAGCGCUCUUCAUCUUGGGUCAGUAACUGGCUGGCAACAGCAGCACCUCCACAACAUGCCGCCGUCCGCCCUCAGCCAGCUGGGAGCUUGCACUAGCACUCAUUUAUCUCAGAGUUCAAAUCUCUCCCUGCCUUCUACUCAAAGCCUCAACAUCAAGUCAGAACCUGUUUCUCCUCCUAGAGACCGUACCACCACCCCUUCGAGAUACCCACAACACACGCGCCACGAGGCGGGGAGGUCUCCUGUUGACAGUUUGAGCAGCUGUAGCAGUUCCUAUGACGGCAGCGACCGGGAGGAUCACCGGAACGAAUUCCACUCCCCCAUUGGACUCACCAGACCUUCGCCGGACGAAAGGGAAAGUCCCUCAGUCAAGCGCAUGCGGCUCUCGGAAGGAUGGGCAACAUGAUCAGAUUAUUACUUAAUAGUUUUUUUUUUUUUUUUCUUGCAGUGUGUGUGUGUGCUAUACCUUAAUGGGGAAGGGGGGUCGAUAUGCAUUAUAUGUGCUGUGUGUGGAAAAAAAAAAAAGUCAGGUACUCUGUUUUGUAAAAGUACUUUUAAAUUGCCUCAGUGAUACAGUAUAAAGAUAAACAGAAAUGCUGAGAUAAGCUUAGCACUUGAGUUGUACAACAGAACACUUGUACAAAAUAGAUUUUAAGGCUAACUUCUUUUCACUGUUGUGCUCCUUUGCAAAAUGUAUGUUACAAUAGAUAGUGUCAUGUUGCAGGUUCAACGUUAUUUACAUGUAAAUAGACAAAAGGAAACAUUUGCCAAAAGCGGCAGAUCUUUACUGAAAGAGAGAGCAGCUGUUAUGCAACAUAUAGAAAAGUGUAUAGAUGUUUUUGGACAGACCCGGCAAAGGGUGGCCACGGUUAAAUGUUAGGAACACACCAGGUCACCUGAUACCCACCCCGAGAAUGCUCACAAACCUGCAGGCACAUCCUUGACGUAUGGCACUCAUGAAAAAAGGAUCGAUGACCAUUAAAAGAGGACCAUACCUAUUUUUAAAAAUUGUGGAGUUUGAGGGCUAACGUAUUUAAUUAAAUAAAUAAAUAAAUCUGGGUCUGCAUCUCUUAUUAAAUAAAAAUAUAAAAAUAUGUACAUUACAUUUUGCUUAUUUUCAUAUAAAAGGUAAGACAGAGUUUGCAAAGCAUUUGUGGCUUUUUGUAGUUUACUUAAGCCAAAAUGUGUUUUUUUUCCCCCUUGAUAGCUUCGCUAAUAUUUUAAACAGUCCUGUAAAAAAACCAAAAAGGACUUUUUGUAUAGAAAGCACUACCCUACCCAAGCCAUGAGGAACUCCAUGCUUUGCUAACCAAGAUAACUGUUUUCUCUUUGUAGAAGUUUUGUUUUUGAAAUGUGUAUUUCUAAUUAUAUAAAAUAUUAAGAAUCUUUUAAAAAAAAUCUGUGAAAUUAACAUGCUUGUGUAUAGCUUUCUAAUAUAUAUAAUAUUAUGGUAAUAGCAGAAGUUUUGUUAUCUUAAUAGCGGGAGGGGGGUAUAUUUGUGCAGUUGCACAUUUGAGUAACUAUUUUCUUUCUGUUUUCUUUGACUCUGCAUACAUUUUAUAAGUUCAAGGUCAGCUGUCAAAAGGAUAACCUGUGGGAUUAGAACAUAUCACAUUGCAACACCCUAAAUUGUUUUUAAUCCAUUAGCAAUCUAUUGAGUCAACUGACUUCCAUUGUAUAUACUAAUUAGUUUCUUUCAUGCUAUUUUUUGUUUUUGUUUUUGCAUUUUUAUCAAAUGCAGGGCCCCUUUCUGAUCUCACCAUUUCACCAAGCAUCUUGGAAUUCAGUAAGUGAAUAAAUACCCUAAACUUGCCCAUGUCCUAAAUUUUCUGGUUGGUUUUCAGCCUAGAAUUUGAUAAUGCUUUUAAGAAAUAUGCCCAGAAUAGAGCGCUGUGUCGGGGCACAUGUCCUGCCAAUAUAGCCCUAGAAACAAGUGAUAUGGAGUUUGCUCGAUGCGUGAGUUAUAAAUUCCCACAGAAGAAAAAUGUGAAAGACUGGGUGCUAGAUAAGAAGGAAGCAGGAAAAGGGAUAGUUGCUUCGUCAUCCGUUUUUAAUUAUUUUAACUGACCCUCCACAAUCUUGUGAGCAAUAUAGGACUGUUGAACAAUCCCGAUGUGUCAGGACCCCCAAAUGUCACUUCUGCAUAAAGCAUGUAUGUCAUCUAUUUUUUUCUUCAAUAAAGAGAUUUAAUAGCCAUUUCAAGAAAUCCCAUUAAAGAACCUCUCUAUGUCCCUUUUUUUUU